UGUGGUGGGUACAGGCUGGUCUGCAAGUAGUGCUACACUAUCUAAGUAGUUGCAGAGCACUGCGCUGGCAUUCAACAUGCUCUUGCAUAAGAGAAAACAUGUCUUUGGAGAACAUUUUUCUUCAUGUUUUGGAAUGAAAACUUAUUGGUCUGACAAGCAGGAAAAAAAGGAGUAUAGAAAUGACUGACACAUCCCUAUGAGAAGAGAUGAGAAGGACAGCUACUGAAGAAGCACAGCCUGGAAGGACAACUGCUUUCUAAAAUCUUAAUUUUGUUAAAAUCAAUAUUUAAGGAGUUCAAAACAAUUGUACAUCAACAGGACAGACAGGCAGCUUACUUCUGUGAAGCUCAUUAAUGAUGGCAACAACUGUGGACCCUUCAGCUGAUUCGAACCCCACCCAAACAGUGAAAUAUGAUCCAAAGUCUGAAACUGUGACUUUACCAAAUGGAUUGGUUUCUGUGGCAGGUGUCACAGUGGUGACGGGGGGAGCAGAGCUGUCCUGUGGCUCCUGUAUGUUGGCCUUUGGGGUUUGGGGCACUCUGGUUGGUUUGAGUGUUGUGUUGGUGGGUUUGUGGGAUCAUCUGGAGUACAAGAACAGUGGUCUGUCACACCUUCUGGCCCUUGGAUUGGUACUGCUACUCAGCAGUUUGGGUCUGAUGGCUGUGACCUUCACCAUCCGUUUCUUAAUGAAAAAGAGAAGAAUGAAGGCCAGGAGAGAGAGGGCAGAAGCAAAUCUAGUGUUAGUUAAUGAGUAUGCAGACGUUAUUUUAAAAAGAGUCACAGUGUAAUAGAGCAGUGACGUGAACUCCCUCUCUACUUUUUGCCUGAUCGUGGAGGAAUAUCACAGAAAAUUCAUUGGAUUCAACGUGUUUGCUAUUUCCUUUGUGUUUUCAGAACACAGAAGAGGCAUAUUUGCUUCUGCAUUCAUGUCUUUAUUAAACUUAUACUGAUUAUCUAACUUUCAAUGAAUAUUAUUCCAGAGGUUUUUAGCUUUUAAACUGAUGCAGUGGCUCUAAAUUGCAUUUCUUUUUGAAUAUGUGUACUGUAUCACUGUGUAAUUUUUUCUAAUCUGAGUGCAUCUCUAUUUUUGUAGCUAUGUAUUUUACUAUAUACAAUAUAUACAAUAUACACAUAAAUGCUAUUUUCUCCAUUGCCAUAUACUAUCAUUUAGGGGAGAAAAACAUGAACACCUGACAACAGAACCAAUGACAAUUGCAUCUGCAUAAUUGAGGAAAUAUAAGUAUAGGCUGUAAAAAAUGGUUGAAGCUUGUGUGCUUAAGAAAACCCACUGCAGCUUGAUAUGUGCUCAUUUCUUUGUUACUGAAUGUGUUAUCUGAAAACCAAAAAACAAAACAAAAAUAUAUGGAAAUAUACUAAUAAAUACAAUUUGAUA